AUGUCUAUUAAAUCGCUCUUAAACCGCGAAUCGGUCGUGGGCAAGCCGAAUUUAGCGGCAGAGCACAAUGUCGUCAAUUUUAAGGAUCAUCAUGACGGUCUCAGUGGCCAGCUUGAGCGCGGAGAGGGUCACCAACAUGGGCUGGAUCACCUUGUCUUCCAUCAUGUUGGACACCGCUCCCUUCUUAGAGUUUAUCCCGAACUGUGCGCCGUCCUUCUCGAGGUGCCUGUUGCGCAGCUCGGUGAUGACCUUGAGUGGGUGCAGACCCGCGUUCUCCGCGAGGGUGUACGGCACCACCUCAAGCGCCUCUGCGAAUGCCUUGAUGCAGACCUGCUCCACGCCAUACAGCGUGCGGGCCCAGGCGCCGAGCCUGUUGGAGAGUGCCAUCUCCGUGGCGCCACCACCGGCUACGAUGGCACGCUUCUUUACGAGACACCUCACGACACAAAGGGCGUCGUGUAG